UUCCAAAAGUGCGUAAAACUCAUUACUAAUCAAGAUUUUCUUUAACAAGGGUUACCAUGAUUUCUCUUUAGAUGAUGUAUAUAACAAUACCAUUCAUCGUAUAUUUUAUUUUGAAGAUUUCCAUGUGGGUCAGUUUGACUCUUUCUAAAUUUUCCAAAUGUCUCAAAAUGAAAGGCAAUAUUGUUAUUGUUGUUAUGCCAAUUCAGUCCAUUAGGAUUUCUUAAAUCAUUUCCAAAUACGCUUAGAAAUGAGAAAGAUAUGAACAUUUGAUCGAAUUUUGUUUCCAUGGCAGUAAGAAAACUGAUUGCCAUGAUUUACAUCAUACACUCACAACACAUAUAAAGUAAAUCUAUUUAAGAGUUUGUUUUGCUAAAUAAAGAAUUCAGUAGUGUGUAAAUGACGUCAUAAACACACUAAAAAGGCUGCCUAAAUGAUCAGCCAUUUUAGUAAAUUUCAAUCUGCCGAAAUCUUUUUAAAUAGUAGUCCUAUUUUAAAAAUUCUUUCAACGUUAUGAAAGGCUUGUUGGUGACUUUUAUAUAAAAUAAUCGUAUUGUCAGGCAUUGCUUGCACAUAAGUUAUUUCUGAUGAGCUUUAAACAACCAAUUUUGUUAAGUCUAAGAAUAAAAGCAAAUGCUUAUUUACAUUUUUCGUAAACGUAAGGAAAACCACUGUUACAUAGUAUGAAGAUCAAACAGUAACAGUCUGAAGCAUAGAACGCAACCUUCCGAAUAAUCAGAAACCUUGUUUUUGGCCUUUUUGUUUCCAUUACGUGUGUUAGAGAUUCCCCUGGAGGGGAUUACUUUUAUUUACACUGUCCCGUGUCUUUGGAACAUGGUGGGGGUAAGAGUAAGGUUGGGUGCGCACCAUAAACCGGUUUAAGCUCCCCAGUGGUGUUUUUUCCCACUGACCGUUCCAAGGCGGCGUCCCACUGUGUUCCUUUGUUUGUUCGUUUUGUCCUUACGUGUUGGCUUUGUGUGUGUGUACGUGUGUUUGUGGUGUGCACGUCUGCGCGCUGUGGGUUUCGUUUUAGGGAGGCUGUGUUUUUGGUACGUGGCAUUGCCUGUUUGAUAUUUGCCUUUGUUUUUUGGCAGUGAUACAGACAAAGGCAAUUCUGGCAAAACUGUUUUCAUUGACGCUGACGAUCGCUUUACUAGCAUACGGUGAUAACGUCUGUUGCACCGAGGAAAGUUUGAGACCUAUAAUAUUGUCUGAACGUACGACGCAAUUAUCGCGACGGCUACAGAGACGUAUAAACGACUGCUUUACAGGAUGGUGAUAUCGACGGCAAACUUAAAACGUUCUAAACCUGACACUUCGACGGUGACGAAACAGAUAAAUAAAAUGAACGAAUUGAAUGUAAACUCCGGUGAUUACUACGGAGUCUCAUUCAGCUCAUGUCGUUAGUCGUCCGUUGUGCUUUAGACCGACUCGCUAUUUGACGCUUGAUAACGCGACACAACGCGCAACAAUUCGACAUAAUGCUCGGCAUUAAUAUCCCGAAGUCGUGUGAUAUUGUCGCUAGUCAUAUCGUGUGUCGAGCGUCGUGUCGCUUUGUCGUUCGUUGUGUUGCGUGUCGACCGUCUACUCAUCUAGGUCGACGUUCGCCAUGCGAAACGAUGGCUGACAAAAUAAAACGACGCGUGUCACGACGUACGACAAUGCGACACGACGCUGAUUAGGUCCUUUGUGGCCGAGUAUUCUAAUCAUCUGAAGUUGUAUGUUACAAAUCUCGCAUUGGCUGUAGAAUUCUUACUUUCAAGGAAACCUCCUAGCUGGCUGACGGAAGGUUGGUGGUCCUGCCCAGGUGACCACCCGCGAAAGAAGAUAAUGGACUAUAUGCAUUGCCUGGCAAAGAAAAUAAAUUCCGGUGUGACAUUAAACAAAAAUGUAAAACUAUUUAAUGAAAUUACAUGAAUUUAUUCACAAGCACACACAUUUUAUGAAAUUGUUUGCAGCAGCAAUAACGCAGUCAACGUUCAACCUUUACCUAGUUUUCUGUGAAUGGUAAAUCGUCCGUACAUGACCGACACUCUAUAAAUAAAGAAUUUACUUACUUACUUACAUAAACGUGUGUCAACACACUGAUACGCUGAUAUCAAUUUAGGCUUCUACAUUAUUAUCAAGCACGGCGAUUAUCGGUUAUUUAGAUGAGGUUAUUUUAUUUGUGUUAACAUUAUGUGAAUAUUGUAUUUAUACAAUACAUGAAAUAUGGAAUGGGAGAUUAAAAUCCGAGAUGAAAAUGGUGUUGGUCUAGACUUAAUACAGCAUGAAGAGCUAAUCAUGCCAAUGACAUUUCAAGAUUUGGAACCAGAGAAACGACUCCGAAUGAUUCGUGAAUUUAAAUACAUGAAAGGGGAUAUUCUUUUAUGUAGUUAUCCGAAAACAUGUACUCACUGGCUUUCAAACUUGGUAAACUGUCUCACCAUCCCAGGACCGGUUGGAUCUAUGAAGGCUGUAUCGGUAAAGCUAAUGGAUACGAUACCAUUUGAUCAAUGGAUGGAAGUAGAAAACAGAAGAAUCCUUAGUUCCCACUUGAUGAUCAAUCGACUACCCGUCGAACAUUUAAAACAAGGUGGACACAUCAUCAUCAUAACCCGUGACCCUAGGGAUGCAAUGGUUUCAUAUAGGCAUCAUGCACAACAUCUUGAUAUGGUAAACGGACCAAAUUUAUCCUGGAAAUAUUUCAUUGAUACCUGGAUUAACGGAAAAUUGCCCUUUGGUUCUUCUUUUGACUAUUACAAUUCCUGGGAAAAGGCAAUAAAGGAAAACAAGGAUCUCAACGUGCUUAUCGUUCACUAUGAAGAUCUUAAGACGAAUGGUUCAAAGAAUUCAAGACUUCAUUGGCGUUAGUAAUCCAGAGGAGCGCUUAAAGCAAAUUUUAGACAGAUGCACUGUACAGAAAAUGAAAACAGACGUGGACACAGGAAAAGUCAAGACUAUUCUCAAAGAUAAAAGUGGCAAAUCUUUCAUAUACAGAAAAGGUGAAAUUGGUGACUGGAAGAACCAAUUUACAGUGGCUCAGAGCGAGUACUUCGACAAAGUUUUGGAGGAACGGUUUAAAGACAGCAUUUUUAAACUUUGAAUUUCAAAUUUCUUGAAGACGAAAAUGAAGAAGGGAUGCAUACAUGUAUAAAUUUUACAAUGAAAUGAUCGCCAGAUAAUAAUACAAUUGAAAUUGGUUGUUAUGCUGCCAUUGUAAUAAGAAAAGUUCCAGUUCACCAGUCCCUAAUAAGGAAAUGUGCCGCGUGAGCACUGUUUACGUUUUACUUACUAUAGAUACUCACCAUGAACUGCUACCCGAACAAAAUAGAUUUAUUAAUCAUUAUCCUUUCAACUGUUUGUCAGAACAGCAACAUUAAAUUGUUUCAUGUAUAGCAAAAGUAAGAAUUCUUCCUAGUCAAAACUAAUUAUUUUUCAUAAACGCGUUUAUAUUAUAUUCCACAUGAUUAACAUUAGGGAGACGGUUUCGGUUAGAUGACUAAAUUAUCAAAUAAACAAAUUGAUGUUUUCGAGUGGUUUUGUCGCCUAAUUUAAUUUUCAAGUGUGAAUUGAUCCACGAGGGCUUUAGCCCAAGUGCUUUAAUACCCAAUCAUAAUAAGCGAGGAACUAUUGUUAAUCAGGCGAUAAUCCUCAUGAAGUCAUUGAUUGUUCUCAUUCUUUCAUUAUUACAUACCUAUUGAAAUA